CUGGAUUCUAUCAACAUUGCCGCUGAUAAGAAGACCGUUCAUGUCGGCGGAGGCGUAAUCGCUGGCUCGUUGCAGCAAGCCCUUGAGGCAAGAGGGCUCUUUACCCCUACGGGUCAGGUUAAGACUGUGGGCUACGUCAGCUGGGCAUGCGGCGGCGGCUACGGGUUCUACGUUGGAACAUACGGCUUUGGCGUCGAUCAGAUCGUCGGCGCGAGAGUUGUGAUUGUUGAUGGAAAUAUCAUUGAUACCGAUGACGAUAAAGAGCUGCUGUGGGCUCUCCGUGGCGCGGGUGCUGGAACCUUCGGUGUUAUAGUCGAGCUGCCAAUCAAGGUCUACCCGACGCCCAAGAUCUACGCCGGCUUCUUGGGAUUUGCACUCACAGAAGCCGGGGCGGUGUUUAGCAAGUUCCAAGCUCUUGUGAGCGAUAAGUUCCUGACGAGUUCAGCGGUGAUGCCAUAG